UAAUUGGUCCAGCCGGAGUCUAAAGUCAACCCUAAACUCCUCCUCCUUCCUUUUAAGAGACACACAAGAGGCAACCAUUCUUCUCCGUGUCUCUCUUUCUCUCUCUCAGCUCUCUCAAACAUGUCAGGAGCUAUAACAUGCUCUGCGGCCGAUCUCGCCACCCUACUUGGUCCCAACGCCACCGCGGCGGCCGACUACAUUUGCAGCCAGUUAGGUACCGUUAACAACAAGUUCACCGAUGCAGCCUUUGCCAUAGACAACACCUACCUCCUCUUCUCUGCCUACCUUGUCUUCGCCAUGCAGCUCGGCUUCGCUAUGCUUUGCGCUGGCUCCGUUAGAGCCAAGAAUACAAUGAACAUCAUGCUUACCAAUGUUCUUGAUGCUGCAGCCGGAGGACUCUUUUACUAUCUCUUUGGUUACGCCUUUGCCUUCGGCGGAUCUUCCGAAGGAUUCAUUGGAAGACACAACUUUGCUCUUAGAGACUUCCCGACUCCCACAGCUGAUUACUCUUUCUUCCUCUAUCAAUGGGCGUUCGCAAUCGCGGCCGCUGGAAUCACAAGUGGUUCCAUAGCGGAGAGGACUCAGUUCGUGGCUUACUUGAUAUACUCUUCUUUCUUAACCGGAUUUGUUUACCCUAUUGUCUCUCACUGGUUUUGGUCCCCGGAUGGAUGGGCCAGUCCCUUCCGUUCAGCGGAAGAUCGUUUGUUUAGCACCGGAGCCAUCGACUUUGCUGGCUCCGGAGUUGUUCACAUGGUUGGUGGCAUAGCAGGUUUGUGGGGUGCUCUUAUCGAAGGUCCUCGUCGUGGUAGGUUCGAGAAAGGUGGUCGCGCUAUUGCUCUGCGCGGCCACUCUGCCUCGCUUGUAGUGUUAGGAACCUUCCUCCUAUGGUUCGGCUGGUAUGGUUUCAACCCGGGUUCCUUCACUAAGAUACUCGUUCCGUAUAAUUCUGGUUCCAACUACGGCCAAUGGAGCGGAAUUGGCCGCACAGCGGUUAACACCACACUCUCAGGAUGCACCGCAGCUCUAACCACACUCUUUGGUAAACGUCUUCUAUCAGGCCACUGGAACGUAACGGACGUUUGCAACGGGUUACUCGGUGGAUUUGCGGCCAUAACCGCAGGUUGCUCCGUGGUAGAGCCAUGGGCAGCUAUCGUCUGCGGCUUCAUGGCUUCCCUCGUUCUUAUCGGAUGCAACAAGCUCGCGGAGCUCGUACAAUAUGAUGAUCCACUCGAGGCGGCCCAACUACACGGAGGGUGUGGCGCGUGGGGGUUGGUAUUUGUAGGAUUGUUUGCCAAAGAGAAGUAUCUAAACGAGGUUUAUGGCGCCACCCCGGGAAGGCCCUAUGGACUAUUUAUGGGCGGAGGAGGGAAGCUGUUGGGAGCACAAUUGGUACAAAUACUUGUGAUUGCGGGAUGGGUUAGUGCCACAAUGGGAACACUCUUCUUCAUCCUCAAAAAACUCAAUCUGCUUAGGAUCUCGGAGAAGGAUGAAAUGCAAGGAAUGGAUAUGACACGUCACGGUGGCUUUGCUUAUAUCUACCAUGAUAAUAAUGAUGACGAUUCUAAUAGAGUGGGUCCUGGAUCUCCUUUCCCUCGGUCGGUUACUCCUCCUCGUGUUUAAUUUUCACGCUUUUGUAAUUUAUUACCGUUUAUUGUUGGAGUAAUGCUUUUGUAGAACUACAAAUCUUGGAUAUUUUGGUUUGUUUUAUGUGACCUUUAUCGUUGAUGCGUGUUUUAGGUUUUUUUUUUGUCGAGUUUGAGUUUGGAUGGUUUCUUCUUUUCCAGAUAUUUGUAAGUAGCUUUGGUACGAAAUGUGUGUGGUGAUAUAUAAGAAGCUCAUUUGAGAUG